AUGGCAGAGCUAAAACGUCUCAAUCUCAUCAGCUCACACAUCCUAGGGAACUUCAAAUUCGAAACUAAAAGCAAUUCCUUAGACAAGUACAAGAAAUAGGUGACAUCGACGGAAGAUGGAAUCCGAAACACAAUCCUAUGGAGAAGGCAUAACCCAUCCUAUGAGGCUGAAAAUAGUGCCUCUGCCGCUUUUUGAAGUAAGCCUUCGAGUAUGGGGAUGUCUGUUGAAGAGGGAAGUUUCGUUUCUCCCCUAAAGUUUUCCCUGCUGCAAGAAGGGCUAGACAGUUUUGGCCUCCCACUUAGUUUUGCUUAUCAGGACUAACGUGGCGGAAGAGGGUGACUAGAGAGCUAAUCCUUAGGUCAUUGUGUUUUAUACCAGAUAGGCAGGCUAGUGGUCUACUGUUUAUAGCCUUAUAGCAUUUAAUUUAACUUAUAGGAGUUUUCCCUAUAUGGCCCGAUAAAGGCCAUGGGUUCUCCGAGAAAUCCCUCUGCUGGUUGAGCCAACCAGUAUUUGGUCUAACCAACGCACUGAGUUGGUUUGACCAACAGAGGAAUUCCACGGAGAACCCACGGCCCUUAUCGGGCCAUAUAGGGAAAACUCCUAUAGACCAGUAUCGAGCUAGAGGGAAAAAUUUCAACCAUGACCUUCUCCGCCGCAAAACUUUUGAGCCAUUCUACGAUAUGUACACCUUAAUCUGGGACUUGAUGAAAGAAAAGCCAGACUUGUACGAUCACAGCGUGGCUGCUGAUUUUGACAGAGAAAAAUUAAAAGAGCGCUGCCAUAGACAAAUCAUGCAUUUGUUCCCAAAAUGUGGACUGAACCACGAGCUAAACCUUAAGAACCCAAUUAAGAAAAUUUCUAUGUGUUUGGGAUUCUGCACAAAUGAUAUCGUGCUUGGAACACGUACAGUUGUUCAUAUAGUGCUAUAUACAGAAGCUCUUACAAAUUUAGGCACCGAUAAGCAUCUGAAUUUGAUUAACAGAGCUUAUACUCUUAAAGACUAUGGCUGCCUUGGCAUGACUGAGAUUGGCCAUGGUUCAAAUGUGGCUAGUAUUGAAAUUACAGCUACUUAUGAUAUGGCAACCAGGGAAUUCGUGAUUAAUUCACCUACCCCUACUGCUGUUAAGUGGUGGAUUGGAGCUGUAGGGAAAACAUCCAAUAUGGCUGUUAUUUUUGCACAGUUGAUUUUGAAAGGAAUCAACUAUGGAGUGCAUGCUUUUGCAAUACCAAUAAGGGACUAUGAAACACAUAAAAUCUUAGAUGGAAUCAUUAUAGGCGACUGUGGCCACAAAUUAGGAGUCCAAGGCAUUGACAAUGGCUUCAUGAUUUUCAGAAAUUACAGAGUCCCAUAUGACUGCUUUUUGGAUAGAUUUUCACAGGUUACACCUGAAGGACAAUUUGCGAGCUCAAUUAGAAAUAACAAAAAAAGAUUUGGAACUAUGAUAAGCUGUUUAAUCAGAGGAAGAGUUGUGUGCAUUGGAGGAAUGGAAAGCUAUGCUAGAAACGCUCUUACCAUUGCGAUUAGAUAUGGAGCUAUAAGAAAACAGUUUGGACCUGAUGGAGAAAGAUCAAUUUUAGACUAUCAACUUCACAGAUAUAGACUAAUGCCAUAUCUAGCUAGGCUUUUUGCUUCAAAUGCUGCUACAAAGUUCGUGUCGAGGUUAUACAAUUCCAGAAUUCCACUUAUGAGGACUGAUCCUGAAUCACCAUUGGUGACAGAAUAUCAUUGGCUGAUCACAGUAUUCAAAUCUCUUAGUACCUGGAAUGCUUUUAAAACCAUUCAAGAGUGCAGAGAAGCAUGCGGUGGACAUGGAUAUUCCACAUAUGCUGGCUUCAAUAAGCUCAAGCAAGAUGCUGAUGUAGUUUGCACCUUUGAAGGCGAUAACAAUGUUAUUAUCCAGCAAGCUGAAAGAUACAUUCUUCAAGCAGCUCAAGUAAGAGCAGCUAAUAAGCCAAUUGCAUCCCAAUACUUGCAAUUCAUUAAUCUCCAGCCAGCAAAGCCAAAAAUUGAAUGUGCCGAGCACUUAAAGCACCCUGAAGUUUUAAUAUCUCUUCUUGAAUACCGUUGCAACUACUACCUUGUCAAUGCCGUUAACAAGCUCCAAGAAAACAUGGGGAGAUUUUCUGAUAUGGACUCUACAUGGAACAAUACCCAGGUUAGGUACUUGUUUGUUCUUCCUCAAGUAUUUGGAGAACUGUUGAUGCUGAAGGAAUUAAACAAUUUCGUGAAAGAACUCCAGACUUCCUGUCCAGCCACUGCUCAAAUAGUGCAAAGUAUCAUGCUCCUAUAUGGAGUCCAUGUCCUUGAAAACGAAUCAGGGAUGAUUAAGACUCAAUUUACUGAGAACGAAGUUAGGUGGAUCAAUGACACUGUAAUUGAGCUUUGCAAUGAGGUAGGGGAAAAUGCAGUAAACAUUAUGGAUGCUGUAGCGUUCCCUGAUCAUGUAGUUGCAUCAGUUCUAGGACAUAGUGAUGGGCAGGCUUACGAAAGAUAUACGAAAGUUGUGGAAAAUGCUCCAAAUUGCUAUGGCCCUCCGGAGUGGAUUAACCUUAUUCAUGAGCAUAGGAAAAUCUUUAAUUAA